UGAUACCUUUUGGACCUUUUCCUCCCUAUGACGAUCUUUCCUUUCCUGCCGGCAAUAAAGGAUUCUUGGGCUGAAGAAACAAACAACACCCAUCAAUGAUCAAUGUCCUGUCGACAGUCAUAAAAUUUUAUCAACGCUCUAUCUUGUCAAAAAAAUUGAACUAUGUUGUUUUCUUCGAAAGCCCUUGCCUCUUCUAUCGCCAAGGUCUCCUCCCGAGGUUUCCAUGCCUCCGCUAGGGCUGAGGCCCGCAAGUUUUUCGUGGGAGGAAACUGGAAGUGCAAUGGGUCCGUUUCCCAGACGGAAGAGCUUGUUUCCAUGCUGAACCAAUUCUCACUUACCCAGGAAACCGAGGUGGUUGUCUGCCCUUCCCAAGUCCACCUUCAAGGUGUCAAAGCGGGACUUCGUACUGAUGUCGCCGUGGGUGCUCAAGAUUGCUGGGUUCAGGGAAAUGGCGCAUUCACUGGUGAAACCAGUGCUGAUAUGCUCACCGACAUGGGUGUUUCAUGGGCUAUCAUUGGACAUUCUGAACGUCGUGAAAAGGGUGAAAGCGAUGUCGAAGUUGCCAAAAAGGCCAAGUAUGCUCUCGAUAAGGGAUUGUCUGUCAUGGCUUGCUGUGGAGAGCCCUUGGAAAACCGCGAAGCUGGAACUACCAAUGAUUUCGUUUUCCCACAAAUCAAGGCAUAUGCUGAUGCUUUCACCAAGGAAGACUGGAAAAAGGUUGUCAUUGCUUACGAACCAAUCUGGGCCAUCGGAACCGGUUUGACUGCCACCCCUGAACAAGCCCAAGAAACUCAUGCUGCUAUCCGUCAGUACCUUGGAGAAGUCGCUGGGGCCGACGUUGCCGCCGAGACUCGUAUCCUUUACGGAGGAAGUGCAAGCGGAAAAACUGCCCCUGGCCUUUCUGCAAAGGAAGAUAUUGAUGGAUUCUUGGUUGGUGGAGCUUCACUCAAGCCUGAAUUCGCUGACAUUAUCAACUGCCAGACCGAUACCAGGUCCAUGAAGCCAGUAAACAUUGGUAUCAAUGGAUUUGGCCGCAUCGGUCGCCUUGUGAUGAGGGCUGCUCAGAAUGAUCCCAUGGUCAACAUUGUUGCAGUCAAUGAUCCUUUCAUUCCUGUUGAGUACAUGGAAUACAUGCUGGAAUUUGACACAACCCAUGGACGAUUCCCUGGUUCAGUCAACAUGGUUGAUGACAAGACUCUCAACAUUGCUGGCAAGCCAAUGACCGUCUUUGGUGAAAUGGACCCCUCCAAUAUCAAAUGGGGAGAUGCUGGGGCUGAUUAUGUGGUGGAAUCUACUGGUGUUUUCACCACCACCGAGACUGCUUCCAAGCACAUGGCUGGAGGUGCCAAGAAGGUCAUCAUUUCUGCUCCCUCUGCGGAUGCUCCCAUGUUUGUGAUGGGAGUCAAUGCUGAGAAGUAUGAGAGUUCCAUGGAUGUUGUCUCCAAUGCUUCUUGUACCACCAACUGUUUGGCACCCAUCGCUAAGGUCAUCAAUGAUGAGUUUGGUUUGAAGGAGGGUUUGAUGACCACUGUCCAUGCAGUGACUGCGACCCAGCAGACUGUUGAUGGACCUUCCCAGAAGGACUGGAGAGGAGGACGUGCUGCCUGCUACAACAUCAUUCCCUCCUCCACAGGAGCUGCCAAGGCUGUUGGCAAGGUCAUUCCUGAGUUGAAUGGCAAGCUCACUGGAAUGUCCUUCCGCGUCCCUACUGUGGAUGUGUCUGUUGUUGACUUGACCUGCCGAUUGGAGAAGGGUGCUUCUUAUGAAACCAUCUGUGCUUCCAUCAAGGCUGCAUCUGAAGGACCCAUGGCUGGAGUUCUGGGAUACCAAAAUAAGAAUGUUGUUUCUUCUGAUUUCAUUGGUGAUGCCCACUCCUCUAUUUUUGAUGAGAAGGCAGGAAUUGCUUUGACUGAUGACUUUGUCAAGCUUGUUUCAUGGUACGACAAUGAGGCUGGAUACAGUGCCCGUGUACUGGACCUUGCCAAGCACAUGGAAUCAUCCAAGUAGAUGUGGUAAGCAUUUAACGUAAAAAGCCGGUGUAAAUAUUUUUAACUUGAGUCAGAGCUACUGUCUCUAGUAGAGACACUGGUGAGGAUACGGUAGCGGUUCUGCAAAAUUGGUUGCACGUGGGUGGAACGGCACAUGUUCUCUCUGGUGUUAGUAGGCCAAUCUUCACUUGGCGAGUACUGUUAGGACCCGGC